AUGCAAAUGCAGUACGAAGAUUUUGAUAUUUUCUUUACAUCUAGACAAUUGCCAAUGUCAUCGAAUUCCAUGAUGAUGGGUAUGAAUAAUCAAGGAGGCCCAAAUUCUGGAAUGAUGGGUCCUCGCCCUAUUUUGCCCCCAAAACCUAUGAUGCCAGGUUCACAGCCCAUGAUGUCACCAAAUCAAACUAUUGGCAUGCAGCCUCCUUCUCUUCCACCAAAACCUGGUAUGAUGAUGCAAAACCCUUUAGGGCAGAGUGGAAACGCUCCCAAUCAACAAGGACACACUGGAGAUCCAUUUGCUACGAACCCUCAGCAACGUGCUUUCUAUCAACAAUUGUUCUUACAAUUGGACAAAGAUCAGAGCCACAAAUUGCCUCAUGAUGCUGUGAUUGCCUAUCAUUCUCAGAGUGGAUUACCUAAAGAAGUAUUAGAGAAAUUGUAUUCCAUGUCUGAUUUGGAUGAGGAUGGUCGUUUGGACUUUGCUGAGUUUGUAAUUAUGACUCACAUUCUGUUUACUUGUCGUAAUGGUGUUCCUCUUCCUCAAGAAUUACCUGCGAGUUUGAUUCCUCCAUCGAAAGCUCAUUUAGUAAAGAAAGAAGCAGAAGAAGAAAAGAAAUCAGAUUCAUUUGAUUUUGAUUUCGGUGCUUCUGCUCCUUCUCUUCCACCAAAGCCUGAGAAGCCGCAAGAAGAAGAAGAAGAAAAGAAAUCAGAUUCAUUUGAUUUCGAUUUCGGUUCUUCGAUUCAAGAACCUGAGAAACCUCAAGAAUCUCCAGUUGCAGCUCCAAUUCUUCCUCCUAAACCUCAACAGCCUCAGCCUCAACAGCCUCAACAGCCUCAGCCUCCUAUGGGCGAUCCAUUUGCUACGAACCCUCAGCAACGUGCUUUCUAUCAACAAUUGUUCUUACAAUUGGAUAAGGAUCAGAGCCACAAAUUGCCUCAUGAUGCUGUGAUUGCCUAUCAUUCUCAGAGUGGAUUACCUAAAGAAGUAUUAGAGAAAUUGUAUUCCAUGUCUGAUUUGGAUGAGGAUGGUCGUUUGGACUUUGCUGAGUUUGUAAUUAUGACUCACAUUCUGUUUACUUGUCGUAAUGGUGUUCCUCUUCCUCAAGAGCUGCCUGCGAGUUUGAUUCCUCCAUCGAAAGCUCAUUUAGUAAAGGAAGAAGAAGCAGAAGAAGCAGAAGAAGAAGAAGAAGAGGAAGAAGAAGCUCCAAUUCUUCCUCCUAAACCUCAGAAACCUCAACAGCCUCAACAGCCUCAACAGCCUCAGCCUCCUAUGGGCGAUCCAUUUGCUACGAAUCCUCAGCAGCGUGCUUUCUAUCAACAAUUGUUCUUACAAUUGGAUAAGGAUCAGAGCCACAAAUUGCCUCAUGAUGCUGUGAUUGCCUAUCAUUCUCAGAGUGGAUUACCUAAAGAAGUAUUAGAGAAACUAUACUCUAUGUCUGAUUUGGAUGAGGAUGGUCGUUUGGACUUUGCUGAGUUUGUAAUUAUGACUCACAUUCUGUUUACUUGUCGUAAUGGUGUUCCUCUUCCUCAAGAGCUGCCUGCGAGUUUGAUUCCUCCAUCGAAGGCUCAUUUAGUAAAGAAAGAAGAAGAAGCAGAAGAAGAAGAAGAAGCAGAAGAGGAAGAAGAAAAGAAAUCAGAUUCAUUUGAUUUCGAUUUCGGUGCUUCUGCUCCUUCUCUUCCACCAAAGCCUGAGAAGCCGCAAGAAGAGGAAGCAGAAGAGGAAGCUCCAAUUCCUCCUCCUAAGCCUCAGAAACCUCAACAGCCUCAACAGCCUCAACAGCCUCAGCCUCCUAUGGGCGAUCCAUUUGCUACGAAUCCUCAACAGCGUGCUUUCUAUCAACAAUUGUUCUUACAAUUGGAUAAGGAUCAGAGCCACAAAUUGCCUCAUGAUGCUGUGAUUGCCUAUCAUUCUCAGAGUGGAUUACCUAAAGAAGUAUUAGAGAAAUUGUAUUCCAUGUCUGAUUUGGAUGAGGAUGGUCGUUUGGACUUUGCUGAGUUUGUAAUUAUGACUCACAUUCUGUUUACUUGUCGUAAUGGUGUUCCUCUUCCUCAAGAGCUGCCUGCGAGUUUGAUUCCUCCAUCGAAAGCUCAUUUAGUAAAGAAAGAAGCAGAAGAAGCAGAAGAAGAAGAAGAAGAAGAGGAAGAAGAAGCUCCAAUUCUUCCUCCUAAACCUCAGAAACCUCAACAGCCUCAACAGCCUCAACAGCCUCAGCCUCCUAUGGGCGAUCCAUUUGCUACGAAUCCUCAGCAGCGUGCUUUCUAUCAACAACUGUUCUUACAAUUGGACAAAGAUCAGAGCCACAAAUUGCCUCAUGAUGCUGUGAUUGCCUAUCAUUCUCAGAGUGGAUUACCUAAAGAAGUAUUAGAGAAAUUGUAUUCCAUGUCUGAUUUGGAUGAGGAUGGUCGUUUGGACUUUGCUGAGUUUGUAAUCAUGACUCACAUUUUAUUCACUUGUCGUAAUGGUGUUCCUCUUCCUCAAGAGCUGCCUGCGAGUUUGAUUCCUCCAUCGAAGGCUCAUUUAGUAAAGAAAGAAGAAGAAGCAGAAGAAGAAGAAGAAGCAGAAGAAGAAGAAGAAGCAGAAGAGGAAGAAGAAAAGAAAUCAGAUUCAUUUGAUUUCGAUUUCGGUGCUCCUGCUCCCCAGCAGACAAAUGCUGAUUCUGAAUCUGGUCUUGAUUUUGGUAUUUCGAAUCCUGAUGCUGCGCCUGAGCAAGAGCCGAUGGAGAGUACGAUGGUAUCCAGCCAGCCCGAAUCCGACCUUCCUCCUCGACCUCGUCCAGGCAUGAUGCCUCCUCGCCCACGCCCAGGCAUGGAGCCCAGACCGCGUCCAGGCAUGAUGCCUCCUCGUCCUCGCCCUGGUAUGGAAGGCCAUCCUCGCCCACGCCCAGGCAUGAUGCCCAGACCGCGUCCUGGAAUGGAUGCGCGUCCUCGUCCGCGUCCUCGUCCAGGUAUGAUGCCUCCUCGUCCUCGCCCUGGAAUGGAGCCUCGUCCUGGAAUGGAAGCGCGGCCAGGCAUGAUGCCCAGACCUCGUCCAGGUAUGAUGCCGCGUCCACGCCCUGGAAUGAUGCCGCGUCCUCGUCCCGGCAUGGAGCCCAGACCGCGUCCCGACAUGAUGCCUCCUCGUCCCGACUUCAACGAAGAGGUCGUUAUGGAGAAGCCGGAGCCCGAGCCCAUGAUGGAUCUGCUCGUUGCCACUACUCAGGAAGAGCCCAUGAUGAAUCUCAACGACGUUAUGCCUCCUACUACCGACAAUCAGCCCGAGUUCGAGCUGCAGCCUGAGCCCGAACCUGAAUCGGAGCCCAACUCUGUGCCUGUGCCCGAAGAAGACGAUCUGCUGGCUGGUAUGAGUGCAGAGCCCGCGAAGCCCGCGGAGUCUGCGGAUGCGAUGGAUAUGCUCCUCAUGCCCAACGAAUCCGAGGAGCCCAAGCCCGCAGAGCCCGCAGAGCCCGCAGAGCCCGCAGAGCCCGCCCAGCCUGCUGAGUCCCCACUGGAUUUCGGCCUUUUGGGAGAUUCGUCCGCGCCUUCAGCGGCUGCUGCUGUGGCUCCCGCUGCUACGCCUGUGGAGCCAACCUCGGUGACGAUGGCUGCCGAGCUGGGCAACCGCGAGUAUCUGCGUAACGAGUGGAAGAAGGACAUGCUGACGUGGCGCAGCCGGCAGCAGCAGUUGGCUCUGAAAACGGAGGAAGUGGAGGAGAAGCAGGCGGCGGUGAAAGCUUUGCAUGAGCAGAUCGAACGCGCGAAGGAGGAGCUGAAGAAGAAGGAAGAGCAGGUGAAGCAGCGCUGUAGAGAAGAGAGAACGGUCUAAUCAAUAGUGUAUCGUAUCACUGCGCUGCAGAAUCGGUCGCAGAGAGAGAUCAGCAAUCGGAUGGACGGUCGCUUCGCGAUCCCGCGGAACGACUUCGACGAUGAGGGCGAUGUAGGAGAAAAAGCAGGGUUUGAUGGGUAGAAGGAGGAGAAUUCGGAGGACGACUUCUUCGAGAAUCUGAGCGAGUUCAAGCCUUCGAGACGAGACAUCCCCAAGACGGAUAUUCCAGAAUCGGAGGAAGAGGAAGAGGCGAUUGGAGAUGAUUUAGAUGACUUCUGGGGUGAUAUGGAGGACGAUGAUGAGAAAGAUGUGCCGCAGGAGAAGGCUGAGGUGAUGGACAAACCAAAGGAGGAGGCUGUUUCGGAUGGGGAGUAUUCGUAUGGCUCGGGCAGCGGUUAUAGCUACAGCUACGAUUACAGCUACAGUUAUGGCUACUCUCCAUAUAGUGAUUCGGAGGACCAAGGCUCAGAGGCUGAUUCAUAAAGCAGUUCGCAUAUACGAUGAGUGUUGAUUGUGUUUUGUAAG